AUGCUGUCCAAGUACCUCAUCACCGCACUUAUCCCCAGCGCUCUCGCUGCAGCUCUUCCCUUCGCAGACGAACCCAACCGCUGCGAUGCGGCCUGCCAACUCACCUAUCGCCAAGCUCUAGCUGGAGAAUCCGCCAAAUGGGUUAACCAGAACAUCACCACGGACCCAUUCUACUCCAACCCCGCCAACGUCUCUGAUCACUCGGCUGGUGAUCUUGUCAAGUGGGAGGAAAUUCCCGCUGCCCAAGCUGCGCGACGAUGGACUGUCCCUGCUGGUGUUAGCCUGACGCGCUUCUUCUACAUGACUGAGGAUAUCGAUGGAAAGGCUAUUCCUGCUACUGGCUUUGUGCUUACUCCUUAUUCGAACCCUCUUGGAGAGGAUAAGCCUUUCCGUACUGUUGUCUGGACUCACGGUACUGCUGGUAUUGGCAGGAACUGCGCCCCUUCAAACCAUCGUGGUUUGUACUACGAGUGGCAGGGUCCCUUUGCCCUUGUUCAGCAGGGUUACAUUGUUAUCGCUCCUGAUUACGCUGGUCAGGGAAGUGACAUCCCCCAGGGUUUCAUGUACGAGUCCGGUGCCCUUCACGCUGCAGAUGUCAGCUUUGGUCUUCAAGCCGCUCGUUCCGCUCUCGGCAAGAGCAUCACCAAGGAAUGGGUCGUCGUCGGUCACAGUGAAGGUGGAAUGACCGCCUGGCGAACUGAUGAGCGUGAGGCCAUGGAGGGCAAGGCCACUGGUGGCUUCCUCGGCGCUGUUGCUCUCGCUCCCGCUCUCCAGCCCAUCAAGCUCAUCCCCGAGUCUUUCCGCCGCGCCAAGGACGGUCCCGCCGGCGAUGUCGUCUCCAUCUUUCUCCUCGAGUCCUUCUCCAAGCUGUACCCCUCCAUCAAGGUCGAAGACUACGUAACCGACAUCGUCGCCGAGCGAAUGCAACUCGCCAACCAAGGCUGCCUCGACACCGGUGCAUCUCUUUACAGCAACCUCACCGUGGAGCAAAUCUACAAGAACACCAGCUGGGUCGAGCACCCCGAUUUCAAGGACUGGCAGAAGCGCUACAACGGCUAUGGCUCUCACAAGCUUGCUGCUCCUAUGCUUGUUAUACAGGGAGAAGCUGAUAUUCUCACUUAUCCCGAGUAUGCUGUGGAGGACUUUGAUGAGAAGUGCAAGGAGUUUCCUGAGUCUACUGCUGAGUACAGGUCUUAUCCUGAUCUUGACCAUGGGGCCGUUCUCUAUGCUUCUACCGUGGAUUACAUGCCUUGGAUUGCUGAUCGAUUCGAUGGUGUCAAGUUGGAGAAGGGUUGCAAGAAGGUCAAGGUUAACCCGGCUACUGAUAAGUUCUCUGUUGUUGCUCUUUCUUGGUCUGCUGAUCUGCGAUAA